AUGACUAUCACUCUCCACGAUGUCCAGAUGAUUCUAGGUGCCAAUGUGGAGGGACGGGUGGUCGCGCCUAGGUACGACGAGGUCAUCGAGCGCACAAACCGCGUGUAUUUGCUGUCUGAGGUAUUAAACUUCAAUUUUGAGGAGAUUGACGAGUCAUGGAAGCAUGGGGGGCCCACAUGGAGGAUGAUACAGGGACAGUUGUUGAUGCCCGACACGCCCAUGAGACGCCGAGUUCAGAUAUAUCUGGUGUUUCUCCUCGGAUCGAUUUUAUUCCCCGACAAGACAUGUGAUCGGGUGAAGCCGUGGUAUAUGCACGUGCUCGAGGAUUCAGUGCUUCAUCAGGUCGGCACGUAUUCGUGGGGUUCGGCCUGUUUGGCCAAUCUAUAUAGGGAGCUGGGUAUAUGCAUUCGAGCACAGUCGAGGAGCUUGGCGGGUUGCACCACCCUUCUUCAGUGCUGGAUAUACGAGUAUUUCCCAAGAUUCCAGCCGCCAGAUGAGAGCGACCGGUUGAGUGGCUACCGUAUGGUCGGGAUAUACACGAGAGUAUCCCUCGUACGUUGUAUCAUGGCACGAUCCAGAUAUUCCGCGCGGCUUGAUUUCAUCGAUGGAGCCAUGUUCACGCUGUCCCAAAGGAGGUACAUCGUACCAAGUCAACUACCAAUUUUCGGUGGUAUGUGGGACAUGGUUCAGACUCAUUCCAUUUGUGCCAAUGUAUACAAGACGACACGACAACUGGGGGAAGUCGACGAGCACUACAUGGAGUGGUACACCGAUCGGACUCAUCUGAAGAUCAACAACUCCGACGUAGGCCCGACUCCACUGCAUCGAGAGAAUGUGAGGCCACCAGAUCAGCUGGCUUAUUACCAGAUAGUACGUGCAUUGUACCCGAUCACCAGGAGCACUGGACAGGACUGGAUGCAGCAGUUUGCCGAUCUACGUGCCGACCUUGGAGAUAUUAUGCAGCCCGCCGCCCGAUAUAUUGGCAUCGACCAGGACAACGACAACAACGACGACGACGAUCAUGAGGUGCAACCGCCGAAGAGAGCGAGGCGGUAG